AUAAUUCUCAUUGCAAUAUCGCAAUCUCCGUUGCUGUCUCGAUUAAAAUCCCCAACACCAGUCAGAUUGUUUUUUAUGAAAAAUAGUGACGACUUUCCAAGAUAUUAUAAGCAAGCCGCAUAUCUAAUCAGCUGUGUAUGCCAAGACUACUUCUCACUGGUAAAGAUGCGGCUGCAAGCUUUACCGCGGUUAAUCACCUUCGACGUAACAGGCACCCUGUUGAUGACUAAACUUGAGCAACAUUAUGCAGAUGUAGCGCGAAGUCAUGGACUUUCAGGUCUCGAUGGUCCAAGAAUGUCAAAAACAUUUCGCGACAGUUUCAAACGUCUUCAAAUUGAACAUCCGAUAUACGGGAGACAUACUGGACUAGGUUGGGAGAAUUGGUGGAGGAAUAUUGUUUACGAUGUGUUCAGAGAUCAGCAUCAGAAUAUCACUAAUGAUAAGCUUGACCAGAUCGCCAACAGUCUGAUAGACUGCUACAGCACGAACCGUUGCUGGCACAAAUAUCCAGGAACGAUUGAAUUACUUGAUAGCUUGAGACUGAGGCCCAAUCUCAUACUUGGAAUUAUAUCGAAUUUUGACGAGCGGCUCGAAGGGAUAUUAGACUCGGCUAGCUUACGCUCGUAUUUUUCGUUUGUCAUUACCUCGUAUGGAUUAGGAGUCGAGAAACCUAGUGUGGCCAUUUUUCAGGAAGCUCUACGACUGUCAUCCGAAAGAUUGCAAGAUGAAAUCCCGCCAAAAGAAGCUUUGCAUGUAGGUGAUCGAGUUGACAAUGACUACCUGGGAGCACGAGCAGCACAAUGGAACGCCAUCCUAAUAAACCAUGACAAAGACAGUACAGACGAUAAACGAGUCGAGCCGAGUGAUGUGUUCAGGAACUUUGAUGAGCUCAAGACGUACUUCGACAAGUUAUCCAGAAAGGACGCUACUGCUGAAGUCAAUUGUAGACAUUGAAAUACUUUCUUACCUUUAUAAAAGUGAUAUGAACUUUUUAAGUGUUCCUUUAAAAAAUAUCUCUUUUAUUGGAAUAGCUCGUUUAGUGUGAUAAUUAAACGGCUAGUUCUAUAAAAUCGUAUGUGACAAUUGUAGUAGCUUGAUUGCGAUUAAGUUAUUUUACUAAUCGCGAGAUUGUUAUUGUUGCAAGUUGUAGUUAAAAUAUAAAUUAUUUGUAAUUUAUCCUACUAUUUGUACGUACAAAUAAGAAAUACGUUAGUGGAUGGCUAUUACAGACUUUGUAAACCAAUAUUUUCCUAUUUAUCGCGCUAAUUUAUUGAAUAAAUGUGCCAUCUGUUUUUUAUAGCCGUAUGUCGUGAGGUUAAAUAUUCUAAUUAUACGUUUCGUAGAUAUUGCCAUAUUAAUCUGGGUCUAAGAUUAUUCCAUAAAUGUAAUAGUUGUUUACUAAUAAAAUAUAAUUUUAU